AUGAGUGUCCGCGUUGUAGCCAGGAUACGGCCGUUGCUCGAGAAGGAGCUCGAGAAGGAGAUCAUUGUCAGGGCAGAUAGCGCGGAGCCUGGCGCGCCAAACACCAUUGUCAAGAUUCCCAACCCAAAGAACAAUGGCGAGGAGUUCUCGUUCGCCUUCAAUGGCGUCUACGACCAGAACGUCAACCAGGAGGGUCUGUUUACUGCCGAAGUGGCGCCACACCUCAAGUCCCUUUUCCAAGGCUACGAUGUCACGAUAUUCGCCUACGGUGUCACCGGAACGGGAAAGACGCACACGAUGCGAGGCGGUCUGAAGCUGGCCGACCGAGGGGUGAUUCCCCGGCUGCUCAGCAAUGUGUUCAGGAGAGGCAAGAAGAUCAUGAAGGACUCGCAGGGUGAGACAACCGUCCAGGUUGCCCUGUCGUACUACGAGAUCUACAACGACAAGGUCUACGACCUCCUCGAGCCUCCUGAGAAGCGGACGCCUACUGGGCUGCCGCUGCGAGCUGAGGCCAAUGGCAGGACGGUCGUUGUCGGUCUUUCGGAGCGAGCAUGCGAGGACCUCAAAGACUUUGAGAAGAUGUACAUCGAGGCCAACAACAACCGCGUCACGGCAGCCACCAAGCUCAAUGCCCACAGCAGUCGUAGCCACGCCAUUCUCCGCGUCAAGCUGACCCAGACGACUGGAGACAUGGUUCGGGAGAGCACUGCGUCGGCCAUUGACUUGGCUGGAUCUGAGGACAACCGUCGCACUGACAAUGGAAAGGAGAGGCUGGUGGAAUCCGCCGCCAUCAACAAGAGUCUCUUCGUUCUGAGCCAGUGCAUCGAUGCCAUCGGCCGCGGUGACCGAAGAAUUCCGUACCGGGAGUCCAAGAUGACGCGCAUCUUGUCCUUAGGUCAGAACAAUGGCAUCACAGUCAUGAUUCUGAACCUCGCCCCUCUGCGAAGCUACCACCUCGAUACCCUCAGCAGUCUCAACGUCAGCUCCCGCGCGAAGCGCAUCGAAGUCCGGGAGAUCGAGAACGAGAUUGUCUACAAGCAAGUUCCUAGGACGAACUCCAACUUGUCUGGCUCCAAUGUUCAGCGUCAGCCGUUGCGACCUCUUGCCAAUGUCCACAAUGUUCACAAUGGCAAUAUCGCUACCAAGGCCGCCGAGGCCAACAAGGCUGCUGAGGCCAACAAGCCCGUCAAGGCCUUUAGCGUCUACACGGACAAGACGAAGCCGGCACCUGCCACUCGUCCUCUGGUGAGCUCCAACCUGUCUCGCCGGACCAACCCAACCAAGCGACCCUCUGAGAAUGAGACUAUUGUAAGGCCCAGUAAGAUCUCAAGGCCAACCGCCCCGGCAUCCAUCACGGUGUCUGCGGCUCAGAUCGAGGCCAUGGUUGAGAAAAAGGUCAGCGAGAUCCUCGCCGCGCGUGUCGCGGCUGAGAAGGAUGCUCAACCGCCCCCUCCAGUCCAGCCUGAGAUUAGCGAGGCUGUUCAGAAGCGUCUGGAGGCUUUGGAGAGGCGAAUUGACAGCGAGGAGUGGCGGGACGAUGCCAAGUCGGAUGGACUGAGGUUUCUGCUGGCUGCCCGGCAGCACAAGGAACGGGGUGAGGACGCGGCGGCCCUCAAGAUGUACGAGAUGGCUCUGCCCUUCUUCCCAGGACAGGCGAAGCUCAUCGGCAAGAUUGAGAGGCUACGGACACGGUUGAAUGGUGGUGCUCACUCGGGUUCUGAGCAUCGAGAGUCUCCCCGCAGGAAGCGAAGGCCCGUCUACGAUGAUGCCGAUGGCGACUAUGAGACGGCCGAGGCAGAUGUGGACGAGGAGGAGGGUGCCCGCGCCAAGUCCAAGUCUCGCAAGCUCAAGGUGAAGGCUCUGAACACAAAGUCCCUCCUCUCUGGUGACGAUGAGGGCCCUGCGUCUCCUCGCACGCAGCAGCUCCUUGACAUUAUCAACUCGCGUGAUCUCACUCAGAUCCGAAGCCUCGUCGGCUUCGGUGCCAAGAAGGCCCGUGACCUGGUAGACUACCUCGACCUGGUGGAUGGAGACGAGGCCGGUGGCCGGAUCGAGAGUCUCGCACAGCUGAGGACGGUGCCAGGCAUGGGAAGCCGGACUGUCGAGAGGGCGUACGAGGGAUUGGUGGCUUAG